AUGCACGCCUUUUCAACAAUCUCGGCUCUUGUUGGCCUGUGGUCAUGCCUUGCCUCUGGUUUUACAAAUCCCAUCAAGACCGGCAGUGAUCCCCAUAUUGCCUACCAUGAUGGAAUGUACUAUUUGACGUCUACAACUUGGACUGAUGUUCGCAUUACGACAGCCUCCACUAUCGAGGGCCUAAAGACGGCAGAAUCCCACAUCAUAUGGUCCGAUAGGUCAAACCCGGCUAGAGCAUGCAACUUUUGGGCUCCGGAGAUGCACAAGGUUGGCGAUCGUUGGUACGUCUACUUUUCGGCAAGCUUGUGCAAUUCCGACUGGGGCAUCGUGUUGCCGUCCUUGAGGGUAUACGCGCUAGAAGGAGGCAGCGAGAACCCUCUCUCUGCCGAUUAUAAAAUCUCGGACCCUGUUUUACCUCCUAAUUAUAACGCUGGUAUGCUUGAUGCGACCCUUUUCGAUAUUGAAGGCACUACGUAUUUUCUGGCAAUUGAUGGCCCCGAAAGCCCUGACGGAGCAUCCCUCUGGAUUGCUGAACUCCUUUCACCAACUACUUGUGGAAAUGCGACUAUGAUAGCAGCGCCCGAGUUCGACUGGGAGCAAGAGGAUUCUGCCGUUCUUGAGGGACCGUAUGGCAUUAUAUCUCCCGCCGGCACCAUCUAUGUGGCCUACUCGGCCGACUCUUGCAACACACCUGCCUAUAAGCUCGGCGUCAUGAAGUUCACCGCCGGAGCUGACCCGCUGGAUCCUGAAUCAUGGACCAAGUCUCCUGAACCAAUCUUUCAGACCAUGAAUGGUCUCUAUGGACCAGCUCAUAAUGCAUUCUUCAAGAGUCCCGACGGCACGGAGGACUGGCAGGUCUUCCACGCCAAUCUGAAUGCCAAUGAUGGCUGCGGCAGUACCCGCAAGACCUUUAUCCAGCCUGUCAACUGGAAGGAUGACCAGAUUGACCUGGGGGAGCCCCUUCCUGUUGGUGUUGAGAUUAAGGCACCUUCAGGAGAGUAA